AUGAGUUCAGAAUAUAUUUUAAAAAAUUAUCUACUAUCUCCACUUAUCAUGGCAGAAUUAAAAGUAAUUAAAGAAAAGUUAAAAGAAGAUAUAAUUCGGGCUGAUCCUUUAUGGCAAAUUGUAACUAAAAAGAAAGAAGAAACAACAUGUGUAACUGAAAAUGAAGUUUUGAACGAGAGUAAUGAAGAUUGCAACCAUGCUUUGUCCAUGACACCAGAUCAGACUUUAACUACUCAAUUUUAUUUUACACAGCAUAUUAAAUGCUUUAAUAAAAAUAUUAAAGAAGAAUACAUAUCAAAGCUUGAUAUCAUAGAGUGUCUUUUUGAAGAACUGGAAUGUUCUAAUGGAAAAUUAGAUUUAAAUCAGUUAGAAAAUUUAACAGAUGUAGAACUUGUGGAAAUAGUCAGUGAUUUAGAAAAGAAAUUAAGUGUAUUAGGUACAUGUAAUCUAUGUUGUUCUAUAAAUAAUAUGACAUUGGAACAACGAAUUAAAUAUGCAGAAAUCUUCCAUACUCAUUUAAUAUUGCCAAAGAUUAUUGCUUUAGAAGAACCAUCUAGAUUACUCCUAUCAGUUUUAAUAGAAUGCGUUAAAAAAUUUCCAGAUGAUAUUCAGAAAUUAAUUUUUAUUCCCCUAUUAAAUAUUAAUUUAACAGAUACAACAAUAAUUGAUGGUAUAGUAAAUGCUUUUGAACCUGAGAGAUAUAAUGUUCUCAUUAUGGAAUAUUUAUCAAAUGUAAAAGAACUUAAAUCAUGGCAUUUUUCUUUCUUACAUACCUUAAUUGCCACUAAAACUGAUACUAAUAUAAAUGAUAAAUUAAUACAACUAUUAUCUGAGAAAGCAGUUGAUUUUGCAAAGGAUAAAAACUUUGGAAAGCUCAUAUUAUCAUUUAUAAAAUCAAAUAUUAAAUUCUCAAAUGAGCAAAAACAUUCACUAUGGGAUAUAGCUAAUAUUAAUCAAACAUUAUUUAAAAGACCUAUUCAAAAUAUAUUAAAAACUAUGUAA